AUGUCUGACGAGUCACUACCCUUGUCAAGCAGGGCUAGAGUUUAUGCAGAUGUUAAUGCACAACAACCCAGAAAAUACUGGGAUUAUGAGUCACAUGUGGUGCAUUGGGGGAAUCUAGAUGACUACGAUCUGGGAAAAAGAAUUGGCCACGGAAGCUAUAGUGAAGUAUUUGAAGCUGUCAAAAUUACAACAAAUGAAAAGUUUGUUGUUAAACUCCUCAGCCCAAUCCUAGAGGAGAAAGUCAAGCGUGAAAUAAAGAUUUUAGAGAAUUUGCGAGGUGGUCCCAACAUCAUAACUCUGACAGACAUUGUGAAAAAUAAUGAGUCAGGAACCCCUGGCUUGGUAUUUGAAUAUAUAAACAACACUCAUCACAAGAAGUUGUACCAGAUAUUUACCGACUAUGAUGUACGCUUUUACACCUAUGAGACUCUGAAAGCUUUGGAUUACUGUCAUAGCAUGGGGAUUAUGCAUCGAGAUCUCAAACCCGAAAACAUCAUGAUUGAUCAUGAGAAAAGAAAGCUAUGGGUAAUCGACUGGGGAUUGUCGGAAUUUUACCAUCCUGGUGAGGAGUAUAGUACUCAAGUUGUUACAAGAUACUUUAAAGGCCCUGAGCUGCUGGUUGACUAUGAGAUGUAUGAUUAUAGUUUGGACAUGUGGAGCCUGGGGUGUAUCCUGGCUAGCAUGAUCUUUCACAGGGAGCCGUUUUUUCGCGGUCAUGAUGAUAAUGAUCAGUUGGCGAAGAUAGUCACCAUUCUAGGAACAAGCCGUUUUUAUGAGUACAUUAAAAGAUACAGGAUCAAGAUCAAUAAACAUCUCCAAGUAAUUGUGGGCAGGCAUUCCCGUAUUCGUUGGCAUCACUUUAUCCGCAAUGAAAAUGAUCACCUUGUCAGCCCAGAAGCCUUUGAUUUCCUGGAUAGGGUGCUACAAUAUGACCCUCAGUUAAGGCUUACCGCCAGAGAGGCCAUGGAACAUCCCUAUUUCUCAACAAUCGUAAGUGACCAGGCUCAAGGAAUUGGUGAAGCUAGUGGUCUGGAAAGCAGUAUGCCUGCAACCACUGACGCCACUCUGCCAACUGACACCACUCUGCCUGCUGAUGCCACUCCACCUGCUGACACCAUUCUGCCAGCUGACGCCACUCUGCUCGCUGACGUCACUCUGCCCGCUGAUGCCACUCUGCCCGCUGACGCCACUCCACCUGCUGACGCCACUCUGCCUGCUGACGCCACUCUGCCUGCUGAUGCCACUCCACCUGCUGACACCAUUCUGCCAGCUGACGCCACUCUGCUCGCUGACGUCACUCUGCCCGCUGAUGCCACUCUGCCCGCUGACGCCACUCUGCCCGCUGACACCACUCUGCCCACUGCCGCCACUCUGCCAGAGACUUCAGCACUGGUCCCUUCACCGUGUGGACCCAUGACUGGGUCAGCAGUGAUCGAUGAUCCCACUGCCCCUGAGAAUCCCGCUCCAUCUUCAUCCAAUGCUCAGGAGUAA